AUGUAUUCGAAAUUUAGUGGGUAUUUUCGUCCAUCACGUUCUCAUCGCGUACAAGCAUCAAUGUAUAAAAACGGAUAUGUAUCAGCUGACGACGCCAAUGCUUAUUAUUCUGCUGGAAAUAUGAAUGAUCCUUUACUUCGUUUUAUUAUUAUUCGUCAUGGAGAACGUGUAGAUAAUUCAUUUGGUCCUGGUUGGACACAACGUGCAUUUAAUUAUGGUCAAUACUAUCCGUUCGAUGGAAAUAUGCCGCCAACAUUACCUGUUCGAUUGAAUUAUUUAGAUUAUGAAGGAGAUACACCAUUGACUAGAAAUGGUUUAAAACAAUCAUGGAAUGUUGGUAAUACACUUGCUAAAACUAAUUCACCAGUAGUCGCUUGUUAUUCAUCACCUGCUAUUCGUAGUAUACAAACGGCUGAUAAUAUUCUUGCUGGUAUGGGUCGAAGAGAUAUUCCAAUAAAACUUGAUCUUAGUUUAUUUGAAUGUUCAUCGUGGUAUGCUCGAUCACCAAUUAAUUUUAUGUCUGAUCAAGAAUUACUUCAUAAUGGUUUAAAUAUUGAUCACAGUUAUCAAGCACAAGUCAAAAAUCUUCAACCAACGGAAACUGAAUAUCAAUAUUAUGAUCGUUCGAAAGAAAUUAUGAAAAAAUUAAUUAAAGUACAUCGAAAAACAGGUGGUACUGUUUUAAUUGUUGCACAUGCACCUAGUCUUGAAGUACUUACACGUCAUUUAAUGAAUGGUCACCCAAGACCAGAACAACUUUAUGAUCUUGCUGGAAGAGUUAAUUAUUGUAGUAUGACCAUUCUUGACGGAAAACCAUCAUCAAAAGCAUGGCAAUUUCGUUAUUCACUUGAUGAAUUGAGUAGUCCUCAACAACAAACUGCAGAUCAUUCUAAUGGCGGUUUACAACCAUCACCAACAGUAAACUAUCAACCAUUAAUUUUAGCUCCAAAUUUUCUGCCAGGAUCCCUUUUACCAACACCGACGAUGCAAACACCAAUGAUGCAACCGUCAAUGAUGCAAGCACAAAUAAUGCCAACACCAAUGAUGCAACCAUCAAUGAUGCAAGCACCAAUGAUGCCAGUACAAAUGAUGCCUGCACCCAUGCUACCCAAUUUUCAGUACUAUUCUUAA